AUGCAUCAUAGAAAGAGCUUAUCGCCGUUUAGCGAAAAAGUGAGAGUUAUUUAAUUUACUUGUUUAAGAUUGGAGUUUCUUUACCCAUUAGUUUGUGAACCGUUAAAAGUAAUAGUGUGUGAGAAACAUACCUUUAUUGCUAAACCUUAAGAUCAAAGAUGUGCAAUGGUCAAUCAAACAUAAGCUAUUGAAGUUUUUAAUCAUAAGAUCAAAAUUGAAAUCUAAAACUUAGGAAUCUCGCAUCUAGACUUAAAUACAUACUAAGCAUUUUCAUUAGAAAAAGUUCCAAUUUAUGAUAAGAAAAAUUAGAAGUAAUUGAUUGGAUUCCUAUGCUUUAAGAUUGAUGAAACAUCAAAAAAGAGCACUCCCAAUACUAGCAUUUAAAACUCAAGAGAAUAAUCAUUAAAUUUUGGUUCAAAUUUAUUUACCAUUGCAUUUAAUGAUUAAUCAUAACAAUAAAACUAGAAGUAACAAAAUUCAAAUUAAAAAUACUCUAACGAAGAAAUUAAAAGAAAUAUAGAUUAAAUAGCUUAAAUUUAUGAAGAAAUGAGUAGAGAAUAAAAUCAAUUAUUGCAGCAAGAUUUAAAAUUAAAAAAAUUAGACACUGAAAUCAAAGAUUUGAAUUUAUAAUUAAAGUCCUUUCAUGAUUAAGAGCAUCAAAUAGAUUUAUAAUUUAAAAAAUUAUAAACUCAAUCUCCAUAAUUAUAAAUGCUAAUUAAUCAAAAAAUAUAGUAAUAAUAAUCAAUCCUAACAUUUAAGAGAAAAUAAGAAAAUCCAAUUUAAAAAUAAUCACCCUCAUAAAUAAUUAGAACAGAACAAACUAGUUCAAGAUUAAAGAAAUCUAAUGUUCUUCCACAAUAAAUAACGAUUAGCUUAAUUGAAUAAGAAAAAUUCAUGAAAAAAUAAAAUAAAGAACCUGAAAUUCCUGUCAAUAUGUCAAUACCAUUUUCUUUUAAUGAAUAUUUUAGUUUAUUCAAAAAUUGA